AUGGCUUCACUUCUUCAUUCUCUCCCUGCAACUCUCUUCUUCGCUUUCCUCCUCAUCGCAAACCCUACCUUCGCCGCAGAUUCGCCUUCGCCUUCACCUUCUUCGCCGCCGGACUCCAACUCCCCGCCGCCGCCUCCGGCGAUUCCAUCGCCUUCCCCUGCACUCGACAAUUCUCCACCGGCGCCUCCAAUGUCAGAUCCCGAUCCAGACACGCCUUCUCCUUCUCCUUCUCCGUCUCCGCCUCCUUCGUCCGAGCCCAAAAAGUCUCCGUCUCCAGCGCCGGUCGUGCCUGGAGGCGUCAGCCGCAACGAUAAGCCCAAUGCCGGUGAUUUGGAUACCAAGGACGACUCCGACGACGGCGGCAUGAGCGGCGGGAAAAAGGCCGGCAUCGCAUUCGGAGUUAUCGGCGCGGCGUGCCUCGCAGGACUCGGCGUGCUGGUGUACAAGAAGAGGCAGCUGAACAUCCGCCGCUCGCAGUACGGCAACGCCGCCAGGAGAGAGUUUCUGUAG